ACACUGCGCUCCACAGCCUAGCAGCAGGCCCCGCCCCGUGUGGCUCCAAGUAAAAGAUAAUUCCCCAGAAGCCGUCGGCCGCCGGCGCUUCGCCUUGUCCCGCGCUAGGCCCGCCUCUCCCCCAGACCAUUGGUGCCAUCCGGAUUCCCCAGGCGGGACCCCAGCUCACGAAGCCCACUGGCCGAAGCCCCCCACAGGAUAGAAAGCCGCUCCUGCGAGGCCAAGCUUCCGAGGCGGCCUGCGCCUAGCACGCAGGCGCGGAAAGCUGGGCGCCAGCCUUGAACUGACCCCCGCCACCUGCCUCGGGCCGCGCAGUCCGCCGUUUACUUUCGAACGAGCCCAGCAAUAGUUCCCAUUGGCCGAUGCCUUGCAGUUGAAUGUUGCCUGCAGACUGCGCCUGCGCCGCGAGGCUCCGCCCGGUCUGGGCACCUGAAGCCCUUCGGGGCGGAGGAGGGCGGGGACUCGGGGCGGCUCUCAGCAUCCGCCUGGAGCCAGUGGCGCUGUGUUUCGGUGUUGUGGUGUUGCCUGGUCUGCCUCCUCCCCGCGAAUAAGAAUAAAAGAUUCUGGAGGAGUUGGAGAAGAGUGUAUUCAGUCCCCAAACCACGAGAUCAACAAAGUAGGAAAUGCACAAUUUUGAGGAAGAGUUAACUUGUCCCAUAUGUUAUAGUAUUUUUGAAGAUCCUCGCGUACUGCCAUGCUCUCAUACAUUUUGUAGAAAUUGUUUGGAAAACAUUCUUCAGGCAUCUGGUAACUUUUAUAUAUGGAGACCUUUACGAAUUCCACUCAAGUGCCCUAAUUGCAGAAGUAUUAUUGAAAUUGCUCCAACUGGCAUUGAAUCUUUACCUGUUAAUUUUGCACUAAGGGCUAUUAUUGAAAAGUACCAGCAAGAAGACCAUCCAGAUAUUGUCACCUGCCCUGAACAUUACAGGCAACCAUUAAACGUUUACUGUCUAUUAGACAAAAAAUUAGUUUGUGGUCAUUGCCUUACCAUAGGUCAACAUCAUGGUCAUCCUAUAGAUGACCUUCAAAGUGCCUAUUUGAAAGAAAAGGACACUCCUCAAAAACUGCUUGAACAGUUGACUGACACACACUGGACAGAUCUUACCCGUCUUAUUGAAAAGCUGGAAGAACAAAAAUCUCAGUCUGAGAAAAUGAUCCAAGGCGAUAAGGAAGUUGUUCUCCAGUAUUUUAAGGAGCUUAAUGAUACAUUAGAACAGAAAAAAAAAAGUUUCCUAACGGCUCUCUGUGAUGUUGGCAAUCUAAUUAAUCAAGAAUAUACUCCACAAAUUGAAAGAAUGAAGGAAAUAAGAGAGCAGCAGCUUGAAUUAAUGACACUGACAACGUCUUUACAAGAAGAGUCUCCACUUAAAUUUCUUGAAAAAGUUGAUGAUGUACGCCAGCAUGUACAGAUCUUGAAACAAAGACCACUUCCUGAGGUUCAACCCGUUGAAAUUUAUCCUCGAGUAAGCAAAAUAUUGAAAGAAGAAUGGAGCAGAACAGAAAUUGGACAAAUUAAGAACGUUCUCAUUCCCAAAAUGAAAAUUUCUCCAAAAAGGAUGCCAUGUUCCUGGCCUGAUAAGGAUGAAAAGGAAAUUGAAUUUUUAAAAAUUUUAAACAUUGUUGUAGUUACAUUAAUUUCAGUAAUGCUGAUGUCGAUACUCUUUUUCAACCAACACAUCAUAACCUUUUUAAAUGAAAUCACUUUAAUAUGGUUUUCUGAAGCCUCUCUAUCUGUUUACCAAAGUUUAUCUAACAGUCUGGAUGAGGUAAAGAAUAUACUGUGUCACAUUUUCUGUUUGUUGAAGGAAUUCGUGUGGAAAAUAGUUUCCCAUUGAAAACGUCAACCUGAAUUGUUUAAAUGGGCUUAUUCUGUACAUUGCUAAAUGAAAAAUGGGGUAGCAUGGAUAAAUAGCAAACUAAGCUUUAUUAGCGCUGCAACUAAUAUAAACAAAUGUUUAUAUUUGUUGCUUCUUUUGGUUAGCAAUGAUAUGUCAAAGUUAGAAAUAUCUGAAAUAUUCAAAUCUUUGGGAAACGGAAUCUAGUAACAAUUUGAAAAUUAAUACACUAUCCCAUUUUUAUUGGCUUUAUGAAGGUUGACAUAAUGUUGCUGUGACAUUUAAACAUUCUUGUACCAAUAUUGUCUUUUACCAUUAUUAUAUACUGCAGUUAAUUGGCUUUACAGUUCUUUAUAGCAAAAUCCUGAAAGUACAUAUACCUUUAUUUUGAUGUGGCUUGAAGCUUUUGAAUGGGUGGAUAAGGAUGAUAGAAAGGUUUCAAAAUCAAGCAACAAAAUCUUAAAGUGAUAAGGCAUGGCUUAAAGAUCUUUUGAUCAAACAUACCUGUGUUUUAGAUAGAUUUAAGAGCCCUAAAUGUUUAUCACCAUUCACUCCAAAUAAAACUAUUGCUUUUGGAUAACUGUUAGAGAAAAGUGGCUUUUUAAAAGAAAUUUUUGAGACUGGGUCUCACCUUGUUGUCCAGGCUGGAGUGUAGUUGUCUGGUCAUGACUCAUUGCAGUUUCGACCACCCAGGCUCUAUUGAUCCUCCUGCCUCUGCCUCUGGAGUAGCUAGGACAAGGCACACACCACCCCCAUGCCUGGCUAAUUAAAAAAAUUGUUUUUUGUAGAAACGAGGUUUUGCCAUAUUGCCCAGGUUGGUCUCAAACUUCUGGGCUCAAGAGAUCUGCCCACCAUGGCCUCCCAAAGUGCUGGGAUUACAGACGUUAGCCACACUGUGCCUGGGGGCCAGCAUUUUCUAAUACUUGUCAUAUUCUAUAGUUUGUGUAAAUUUAAGAUUGUAUUUUUUUUCUGCUCGUCAGUCAAAUCAGUUCUUGGAUUAAAAACUCAUUCUUACUAGAACAGAAUCAUGUUGGUAACUUGGUCUGCAACAGGUUUUGAUGGCAUCAUGUAGACUUUAUUCAUCUUAACUCAUUUAAAUUUUCUACCACAUUCUCUUAAGCUAAUGCAAAAGUACCAACAACUUAAUCUUUUUUUUUUUUUUGAGACGGAGUCUCGCUCUGUUGCCCAGGCUGGAGUGCAGUGGUGUGAUCUCGGCUCAUUGCAAGCUCUGCCUCCCGGGUUCACACCAUUCUCCUGCCUCAGCCUCCCGAGUAGCUGGGACUACAGGCACCUGCCACCACGCCCAGCUAAUUUUCUGUAUUUUUAGUAGAGAUGGGGUUUCACUGUGUUAGCCAGGAUGGUCUCUAUCUCCUGACCUCAUGAUCCACCCACCUCAGCCUCCCAAAGUGCUGGGAUUACAGGCGUGAGCCACCAUGCCUGGCCCAACAACUUAAUCUUAUAUUAGCUUUGCUUAAGAGGGCCAAUUAAAUCAAAGCCCUUUAUUAUUUUAUUUUAUUUUAUUUUUUUAAUGUUCUCUUAAGAGUUUAUUAUAAACCAGUUUCAUAGGCCACAAGGAAAUAAAAGGACUAUGCACAGCCUUACGGGAAACAGGCAGGGAGCUGAGGAGGGCCAAGAUGAGUCUAGGGCCUUGGUGGGUGUAUUCCCGGGGGAGGGGGCCCUUGCAUCCCAGGGGGAGGAGGCCGCAUUCCCGGAGGGGGCAUGCCCAUUGGAGUCCCUCUUCCAGGGGUGAUCCCCACUGGGGGACCCAUAGGAGGCCUCAUACCAGGAGGUGGGCCCAUCAUGCCUGGAGGGGGUGCUCCUUGGCCCAUAGGUUGGGGAGGACCCCCACGGCCAGGUGGGUACUGGGUCGGGGCCCCGGCAAUACUGGCUGUGGCAGCAGCUGCAGUGGCUGCAACAGUACCUCUUUCUUGUAGGGUCAUCACCUUUUGGGAUGGCCAGCCAACCCCACGGACUGGCCCAGCAAGUCCUGCAGGAGCCUGGGGCAUGGGAACCCCAGCUGGGAUUCCUCUGCCAGCAGCCCUGCCGAUCCCUGGGUCCCUGGCAGUUCCAGCAAGUGGAACUCAAGCAAUACCAGUAUCUUUGGGAGGAGGUCCCUCUACUGUCAUUGAGACCAGAUUCUCCCCUCGCAGCAGCACCAGACCAAGGAUUCGCUUCUCUUCCCUUUCUGCUUGUUUGGAGUUUUUUGGCUUGAUCUUUCUGAACUCAUCAGUCACAGAGGAUCAAAUUCAUGUGCUUGUCAAAAGCUUUGAAGGUGCCAAUGAAGAUCUGGCCGUCCUGCAGGAUGCACCUCAUCCUGUAGUUAAUAUGCUGCAGCAUCUUGCUGCUCUUGCCCACCAUCAUAGUGGCAGUUCUGAUGGCUCUGAUCCCCGCCGGAUUCGCCUCCUCAGAGGCCUAGCCUCUCUCCCGCAGCCGCUACCGGAAAUAAAGCCCUUUAGUUCCCUUUAACAGGGACUGGAGUUACGAUGCAUGUGUUACGACUUUUGGCCCACUGUGCAUGCAACCCUAAGUGCAGGUUGAUUUGCUUUCCAGAAAUCCCAGAGGCUGCUCUUGGAUCACCGAAGACGACCCUUAGACUAUGCUCCUGGCCCUACGGAUUGCACAUAAACUAUCGUAAAUAAAUACAGCUUUUUCAGGGAACUAGUUCUAAAACUCUUUAUCUGCUGAGAAUAAGUCUUAACACUAAGAUGACUGUAUUAUAUCAAUUUAUUAUUAGAAUCAGACUUACACCUAGCACAAUUAACUAUUGUGUGGGCAAAGAACAUUUAAAGGGCAUAGUAGAGGUAAGGAGAGACACAUACUCAGCUAGAGAUAAAAAUAUUAAGUUGCACUGAUUACUUAAAAUACUAGUCACACCAUAAAAAUGCCCUGUAGUUUCAAAAACACAUAAGCAAUGAAAUGUUUAUUAGCCAUUAUGUGUUAAGCUACUUAAUCUCAUUUCUGUGAUGCGAAUAUUUUUAACCCCCACUGUUUGUAGAUGAGGGAACUGACAAGUGACUUGUCCAAGGCCAUAUAGCUGUGAGGAAACCCAUGCAUUUUUUCAGAGUUCAUGCUAUCAAUCACUCAACUUUAGGCCAAGAUUAAUGUUGGUAAGGGUUUGUAAUCUGUAAGAAUAGCUAAAAACGUAAGUAUAUAUAUUGUUUUAGAUUUGACGUUACUUUGUAUCUUGCCAGUUUUUAGGAAAACUUCAUUUUGUUAAGUAUGCAUGAAUAUAGUUGAGUAUAUGAGUAACUGGUUCUUAAUGCUGCCGUUUUGUAUUUUUACCAGCAGGAAGAUUACAAAAGUUAACGUAUAUAAAUCUUGAAAUAUUUCUAAGUUUUAUGUAUAACAAAUAUGUAUUUUAAUAAACUUCUUUUGGUAUUUUA